AUGCAUUUAUGAAAGAAAAAAGUGAAGCCAGAUGAUUUUUAUUGAUGUAAAACUAGAUCCUUGCAUGAGUUGGGGAUUGGAAUUCGGAAUUGCAAGAAUAAAAACUGAAGUAUUGGGAGAAUUGUGAUGGUAAAUUGAAUUAAGGAAGCAGAUAGUGAUCAAAUUAAAUUGAAGGAAGUCUUAUGGAAAUGCGGUCUCAUAAUGAGACGAUAA